AUGGUCAACACAGGCAUGCAAUUGAUCAGCUUCACCUGUGCGGUAACAGGUUGGGUCAUGGCCAUCGCUGUGACGGCCUUGCCUCAGUGGAAGGUGUCCGCCUUCAUCGGCAGCAACAUCCUCACCUCCGAGAUCAAGUGGGAGGGCAUCUGGAUGAACUGCAUCUACCAGGCCACGGGCCACAUGCAGUGCAAGACCUACGACUCCAUUCUGGCUCUGCCCCCGGACCUCCAGGCAGCUCGUGCCCUCAUGUGUGUGGCAAUUUUCCUGGGCUGGCUGUCCUGCACCGUGUCCUGCUGUGGAAUGAAAUGCACCACGUGCGCUGGUGACGACCGCCGCGCCAAGGCAGGCAUCGCCCUCUCCGGCGGCGUGCUAUUCAUCCUGACGGGCCUGUGCGUGCUGGUGCCCGUCUCGUGGACCGCCAACACGGUGGUCCAGGACUUCUACAACCCCAAAGUGCCUGUCAUGUACAAGCGAGAGCUGGGCCAGGCGAUCUACCUGGGCUGGGCAUCUGCGGUUAUUCUGAUGAUCAGCGGGGCCGUGCUGAGCAGCACCUGCCCCCAUAUCGAGAGCGGAGGAGGGGAGUACCGCCGGGGGUACAUGGGCCGGAGCUUUCCUAACACGCGCCCCUCCCCCCUCGCACCUGAUCCUCCGAAACCGAUCGCCUCCAACAGCGUGCCCCUAAAGGAAUACGUUUAGUCCAGAGAAAAGAUGUGAAGAAUGUCAACAGGGUUGGAGUAUGGGAAGGCGCAAGGUUGAGAACGAGAAGAGGAAGUAGAAGGCUGGAGAAGGAAAAACUGUGACUGACUGUUGUGGAGGUGAGGUGUUGUGACUUGGAAGGUUUUUGAAGAUGUGACGCAUUAGAUUUGAAACUCUGCCGUUCUUUCGCGUUCUGCUAGCGUGAUGCAUUUUGAUGAUACUUAAAUAUUUAUUUCAAAUGUAUUUUUUCACGGCCUCAAUUUUAUAUUUAUUUAUAUAUAAUUGAGGCUUUUUCCAUAAUGCCUAGCAUUAUCCGCCUCAUGUAUUCCCUUAUUGACUUCAUUACACAUUUAUUACACUGAUAUUUGGUAUUAGUGCGUGGACAGAUCACAAUAUUGCCUGGAAGACACGACAUCAAUCACCAUAAACACCUUUAAGAUAUUGUGGUUUUGUGACUUGUGGUGUGAAGAUUGGAGUGAUUUCUUUCACAAUUCUUUUCAGAUGACUAUUAAAUCUGUGAAAUAAUUCA